AUGUCAAACAUCCUAAAUUCGCCCUCCCAUGAGUCGGAAUCUACUGAUGUGGUGUCUGAGGAGGACCAAAACGUCGCUGUGGACGAGGAAGGUGAGGAAAAAGAGGGGGAGGAUCCACGAGAAGAGAUGGAGGAUAGGGAAGGGGAGGAGGAGCGCCAUUGCCUGCCUCGUUGGACAGGCGAACGCCGAAAGACCGUCUUUGGCUCCCUUACGAUUACCGUCUCCUUGAAGGUGACUCGUCUCGCUAUUUGCCCUUUAGCAUUGUGUAAUCAAUUCGGUGAGCCGUCUUUUUUGCAACCUCGCCAUGGCAAGACUGGAGGAUUCUACGAUUACAGGCUACUUAUGGCUCUUGAUAAAAAUGGGUCAGUGGCCGCAGUUUAA